UUACCAACCCAGCGGCCGACGCGGCGGAGCAAAUUCAAUGCGCUUAACUAACACUCUCAACUAAAACGACGUCGUUAGUAGCACAGUUCAGCCUGCCUCUCGAACCCAAAAUCUCUCCCCCUCACAUACAUGGAUGACUGACCCGUGAGUCCGUGUCAUUCUCAACCUUUCGCUAUCUUCUCUCUCCCUCUUUCAGAUUGCAGACUUUCCACUUUCGUUCUGCACACCACCACAGAGCAGCUACCACCACUGUCUCAACUCGUUACGUCUUGUUUUCUCACAGUACCCACCUUCUUCCCCUUCCCUUUCCAAUCUGCUAACCAAUCUAGCAGCACCACUGAGUUCUUGAAGAUUCCAUUACCACUUGCUGGCGAAAGUUGGCAGAGAAAUUUAUGUGUAAACCAUGUUGAAGCAAUUGGCUGGCAGAAACCAGAGAACCAAAGGCUUCAAGGUAAAGAACAGUCUUCAAAUAUUACUAUUGAUUGCCGGUUGCCUCUGGUUACUUUAUCAAUUGAAACACUCUUAUGAUAAGAAGAACGAGUAUGAGCAAAACUCUAGGAAGACGCUUGAAAAGCUGCAGUUCCAACAUGAAAUCCCAAAACUGGGAAGAAAAGGCCUUCAGCCAUGGAUAAAGAAGCCAGAAGACUUGAUUGAUGACGCAGAAGAGAUCAUGCCUGAAAAGUUCAAGGCAAGAAGAGGAGGUGGCAAUGAUGAAAUGAAUGGACACGAUCAAGAUAAAAUGGAAGAGGAAGAUUCUGAGGAAGUAGAAGACUUGAUCGAUGAAGAAGACAAGGAGAGGAUAGAGGAAAUUGAAGAGGAAGAGGGUGAGGAUACAGUAAAAAACAUCGAGGAUAUUAGCUCAUUGAAAGAUAAAAGCCACGAUGUGGAUGAAAAAUACGGAGAAGAAGAAAAUGAAAACGGUGCAUCCGGGGUAAUGAUGAGGAAAACACAAAGUACAGGUGCUGAAUUUGAAGGAGGCUUAGAAAGUUCAGAAAAGACUGAAAUGAUAAAGCAGCAGAACAACAGCGAAAUUCAUGUACCAGGAACCGAGUCAAUUCCUAAAUGGGAAGAAAAAGUGGCAGUUGAACAUGGUUCUUUACAAACUGUGCUUGCCAAAGGAAAAGAUGGUAUGCCUAAUUUUUCUGAUUCACUACUUAGAGUGGAAAUGACUGAAGCCGUAGCAUCCCACAAUGUGGCACGGAUAUUGAUGGAAGCUACUGGUUCUUUCCGGGAAGCAAGUGCUGGUGAAAAUGAAAAGGCAAGUGAUCGUGGAAUUGGCUCACAAGUUAUUUUGAAAAGAGCUCGACGCCUAUAGUAAAAGGAGGGAAAAGUCAUCUUAUCACUUAAAAAAAAGUGAAAAAUCCAAGACUUUUGAGGUGGUUGACUGUAUUACAAACACUAGAAGCAUUAAUAUGGAUUAUCUACGUUGAAUAAGUAAAUGUAGAAAAUGCAAUUGGAGAGAGACAGGAUAAGGGACAAACCAGCUUGUAAUUCUGGAAAGUCUUCAUUCUAUCUCUGCCCAACUCCAACUCCAGUGUACAAGCAUAGGUUUCGGGGAAAGGGCAGGGUGAAUUUGCAGGGAAAGGGUUGCUUCAUAAUAAGAUCUUGGUCUACUUCCAUGCCGGUGAACGUCACUGAAACUUUUUUUUCUUUCUCUCUUGUAGCCGAGGAAUUUAAAGCGACUUGGUUAAAAUCUGUGGUUUCCUAGUCAAACUGUGAUAAUUCUUAGCUUUCCCUGGUAA